AUGGCGGUGAUGAUACAAGUGAAUAACAUCGCCGAUAUGGGCGCCUACGUUUUGCUCCUUGAAUACAACAACAUCGAAGGCAUGAUCUUGUUCUCGGAGCUCUCUUGUCGUCGAAUUCUUAGUGUCAGCAGUCUAAUCAAGUUCGGCCGAAUCGAGCUGGUGAUGGUCCUCCACGUCGAUAAGGAAAAGGGUUACAUCGAUUUGAGUAAGAGAAGGAUUAGCGAGGAAGAUAUUCAGGCUUGUGAAGAAGGGUAUAACAAGAGUAAACUUGUUCAUUCUAUUAUGCGACAUGUCGUCGAGACUUUGGAUAUCGAUUUGGAGACAUUGGAUUCACGGGCUCUUGGUUCACUUGGGCGACAAGCUACUACGAACAUUCAAGAGCGUCUUGGUAGAGGGGUUGCAAGGGCCACGUGGAUGUCUUUAAUUCUGAGUUACACAGGAAUGAAGUUGCUCACUGCAGAUCGAGAUCUUGGGACUAAGGAUCGUUUUUGGGUUGAGGAAGCUCCCUUCCCCGUUGAAAGACAGGCGACCGAGGAUAGACGUUGGAUGGACCCUCCUUAG